GUCAUUAGAAUUUGUAUUUACAAUUUUAUAUGAAAAAUAGCACAUAAACAUUUGUGGAAGUUUCAUAAUAAUACUUUAUUUCGUUUUGAAAAUAUAAUCUCCAUUAUGAACCUGUUACCCAAAACUCACAAGGAAUUCAGUGAAAAAGACUAUUGGAAUAAAUUCUUCAAAAAGCGUGGCGCUAAAGCUUUUGAAUGGUACGGCGAAUAUCUAGAGCUGUGUGCACACAUUCAUAAAUACAUAAAACCGAAGGAUGCUGUUCUUAUCACGGGAUGCGGUAAUUCAAGCCUCAGCGCCGAUCUGUACGACGUGGGAUACUCAAAUAUAAUAAAUAUAGACGUUUCAGAGGUCGUCAUAAAGCAAAUGACCUCAAUAAAUUCACACAGAACAGGAAUGAAAUUUGUUUGUAUGGAUGCUACGGACAUGUCAUUUGAAAAUGACAAAUUUAACGCGGUUCUUGAUAAAGGAACGUUGGACGCUUUAAUGCCAGAUGAUGGUGAUGAAACCCAAAAGAGAAUUGAUAAAUAUUUUGCAGAAAUAAAGAGAGUCUUGAAGCUUGGUGGUCGUUAUGUCUGUAUAUCAUUGCUACAAAGUCAUAUAUUGGAUAAAUUGUUAUCAACAUUCUGUGACAAAUCAUGGAUGUUCCGAAUUGUUCGGUGCCACGAGGCCGAGGAGAAGAAUGCAGAGAGCGGUGAUGGUACAACAUUACCAGUUUUCAUUGUUAUCGCUACAAAAUUUAAAGAAAUGCCACAACAAAUACUGGAAGUGUGCAUGGCAGGUGAGAAGAUGUUGAGGCUGAGCAGACCCGAGGAGGUGAGAGAAUAUGUGAAAUCAGCACAAGAUGCCGCUUUUGUCACCAAUGGACUAGCGAAAACAAAUCUAGAUGAUGAUAAUGAGGUGUCAUUGGACCUAUACAAACCGGGCGAGGAGCUGCCGCGGUACACAUUGUAUGUGGUUGACCAGAAGGGGUCUCAGGCUGUCAACAAGUAUGCAGUAUUCAUUGUGCCACAGGGCAGAGAAUCCGAGUGGUUGUUCGGUACACCAGCCGGGCGGCGGCAGCUGCAGGACUCGGCGCGCUUCGGCCGUCUCGUGGUGGCCGUGCUGCGGAGGGGCCACCGCUUCGACAGCCUCGACGCCGUCAAGGACGAGUUGGCGCACUCCGCCAAGAUGCUCAUACCGUACGGCUUCGUUGGACAGAUCCCGUUCGUGUCGCUGGGCAGCGACGUGGGGCGACGCGUGAGGGUGCACGAGGGCCGCUCGGCCGUCUCCGGCGACUUCGUGGUGGAGGACGUGGACGUGGAGGGCGCCACGCACCGCCGGCUCGUGUUCCUCGACAACCAGUUCCUGGUGCAGUCCGAGGCCAAGUUGAAGACGAUAAAAAAGAAGAACAAACCAAGAACGGUGGUAGACUUCGGCCACAUAUCGUUCUACCACUCGUUCAUGUGUGUGGGCGUGCAGCUCUCGCGGGGCCCCUCCACCAGGGUGGCGGUCCUCGGGCUGGGCGGCGGCAGCCUCUGCAUGUUCCUCAGGAAGUGCUUCGAUGGCCUCAAGGUCACCGCGGUGGAUAUAGAUCCUACUAUGCUGGACGUAGCCAGGAAUCACUUCGAGUUGACCACGGAUGAAGAUCUGCAAGUCCAAAUCAAGGAUGGCCUGGACUUUUUGAAGGACGAAGCCGUGGCUGGCAAUCAGUACGAGGCGGUGAUGUUUGAUAUGGACAGCAAAGACCGCACGCUCGGCCUCUCGUGUCCGCCGAAGCAGUUCCUCGAAGAGCACGUGCUGGACAAUGUUAAGAGCAUACUGACAAAAGAUGGUAAUUUUAUACUGAAUCUAGUGUGCAGGGACAAGUGUCUCCAAGAGUCCAUACUUGAAACCCUAAAACAACACUUCACACAUCUGGUGACGGUAAAAUUGUAUGAAGAGGUGAAUGAAAUAGUUAUCGCCACGAAUUCCAAGAGAGCAUACUCUAUGGACCAUUUUGAGGAAGCCAUCAAGAAUCUCAACACGACAGCUAGAGAGAAGAGGCUAGUGGAUGUCAGAUGUGUUGAUUUGAAAGACUUUAUGCAGUCAGUCACUGUGAUGUCAUAGAAAAUAAAUUGUCUCCUAGUUCAUAAUGCA